AUGCCCCCCGCGACGUCGGCGAGCGACGCACCAUCGGUGCCAAUACCAACUACGGAGACGGAGACGACAGCGAUAAAUCGCCCCCCCCGCCCCCGUCAAACACACCACUCGCCCCCCCCCCCUAGCGGGGAAGGCAGAACAAUACGCUUCAGGGACAACAUAAGGGCGGAGCCAAUCGUACGUCGAGAACACCACCCCAGCGAACACCAGCGUACAUCGGAAGCUAUUACAACAGACAACAUUACGGAAGUGGUGCGACUUCUAAUACGCGUCGCAAAUGAGGCCAUAAAUAGCAUAAUAUCAGCAACAACGGCAAGCUUGGCAACCUGGAGUGCGAUAAGUCGCACACUAACCUCACUCCUCGCCGGGCAUCUAGGCGAGCAACGAGGU